CGUUCUUUUCCAGUCUCGUUUCUACCAGACAACACCCCCCCAGAACCGCCAUCAUGCCUUACGACAAGACCGACGAGCGUGCUAUCAACACCAUUCGGACGCUGGCCGUCGAUGCCACGUUCGCCGCCAACUCGGGCCACCCCGGUGCGCCCAUGGGCAUGGCCCCCGUCGCCCACGUCUUGUUCAACAAGUUCAUGACCUUCAACCCCAAGAACCCCAAGUGGCUCAACCGCGACCGUUUCGUGCUUUCCAACGGCCACGGCUGCAUGCUCCAGUAUGCCCUGUUGCACCUGUUCGGCUACGACCUCAGCAUCGACGAUCUCAAGGCGUUCCGUCAGGUGGACAGCAAGACUCCCGGUCAUCCAGAGUCCCACGAUACACCCGGCAUUGAAGUCACCACCGGUCCUCUUGGCCAGGGCUUCACAAACGCUGUGGGUCUUGCGAUCGCACAGGCACACACCGCCGCUGUCUUCAACAAGCCUGGCUUCGAGCUGAUCAACAACUACACCUACACAUUCUUCGGCGAUGGCUGCGCCAUGGAGGGCGUUGCCAGCGAGGCUGCUUCCACCGCUGGUCAUCUGCAGCUCGGCAACCUGAUUGCCAUCUACGACGACAACCACAUCUCCAUUGAUGGUGACACCAAGUGCGCCUUCACUGAGGACGUCACAAAGCGCUUUGAGGCUUACGGCUGGCACGUGCAGUGGGUCAAGGAUGGCGAUAAUGAUCUCGAGGGCAUUGAGGCUGCCAUCAAGAAGGCCAAGGAGGUCACCGACAAGCCAUCGAUGAUUCGACUUACCACCACAAUCGGGUUUGGCUCUGUCCUCCAGGGUACUGGCGGCGUGCACGGUAAUCCUCUCAAGGAGGACGAUUGCAAGCAAGUCAAGGAGAAGUUCGGUUUCGACCCAAGCAAGAGCUUUGCUGUUCCACAAGAAGUCUACGAUCAAUAUCACAAGCACGCAGCCGAAGGUGCUGCAGCCGAGCAGGAGUGGAACCAGCUGCUCGAGAAGUACUGUAGCGAGCACAAGGAGCUCGGCGCUGAUCUCAAGCGCCGAUUGACUGGCAAGCUACCAGAAGGUUGGCAAAACAAGCUUCCAGUCUACAAGCCUGCCGACAAGGCUGUAGCUUCGCGUAAACUGUCCGAGUCUGUGCUCGAGGCCAUUUACGGAGCCGUUCCAGAGCUCCUCUCCGGUUCGGCAGAUUUGACUGGCUCCAACAACACCCGCUGGAAGAGUGCCGUUGACUUCCAACCACCAAGCUUGGGUAUUGGUGAGUGGAGUGGUCGCUACUUGCGCUAUGGUGUCCGUGAGCACGCCAUGGCUGGUAUCAUGAACGGUCUCGCAGCCUACGGUACUCUCAUUCCGGCUGGUGGCACCUUCCUGAACUUUGUAUCCUACGCUGCUGGAGCUGUCCGCCUCUCCUCGCUCUCUCGCCAGCGCGUCAUCUACAUCGCUACUCACGACUCCAUUGGCCUUGGUGAAGAUGGACCAACUCACCAGCCUAUCGAGACACUUGCCCACUUCCGCGCUCUGCCGAACAUGAUGGUCUGGCGUCCAGCUGACGGUAACGAGACCUCUGCGGCCUACUACGUAGCCCUUACUUCUCAGGAGACGCCGUCGAUUCUCGCUCUUACCCGCCAAAAUCUGCCACAGCUCGAGGGUUCCACCAUUGAGAACGGCAUCAAGGGUGGAUACGUUGCAAGUGAGGUCGAAGGAGCGCAGAUCACUCUCGUGUCCACGGGAUCCGAAGUCUCGCUGUGCUUGGAGGCUGCCAAGUACCUCAAGGAGAAGAAUGGUGUGACGGCACGGGUCGUUUCCAUGCCUUGCAUGGAGGUUUUCGAUGCGCAACCAAAGGAUUACAAGCUCAAGGUCAUCCCAGACGGUAUCCCAUCGCUAUCUGUUGAGGUCAUGAGCACCAUGGGUUGGGAGAAGUACUCUCACGAGCAGUUCGGCCUCAACCGCUUCGGUGCUUCAGGUCCUUACAAGGAGGUGUACGCAAAGUUCGAAUUCACACCUGAGGGAGUCGCGAAGCGUGCUGUGGCCACUAUUGAUUUCUACAAGGAGGUCAAGCCUCUGAGAUCGCCUCUCAACCGGGCGUUCCAACAGCUCAUCUGAGCAACGCACCCUCAAAACUUCGCAGCUCACAAAGACUGGGCAUGCAGAAUCUAUAGGGCUCUGUUGAGGGUCUAGUUUUAUAGCGACGAAAGAAAGAAUACUCCUAGACGGAAAUGACUCACGGUUUC